AGUUUCUGCUCUACUAAUAAUAGAUAUUUUCUUUAGGUCAUUGGUUUUUCAAGAUCAUCUGUACUUAUCUUCUUCAUCUCUUAAACCAUAUAAGCACAGUAUUAGUAUUACAAAAGACUUGGACUUUAUUUGUUUUAAAAACGUUCUUUUCUUUUUUUCCAGUUUUCUAGCGGGUUUACUUGGGCGUUUAUAUUUUUUUAAUUUCUAGACUAACUUCGAUUCUCAUUUCCACGGCUCUCACUGAAUGUUCAAAAUAUUUGUCGGUACUCAUAGACGUACCGGCGGCACCAAUGUAGUGACACUCAUAUAUCAAAUUAAGGAGCUCAAUUAGUGUUUCCAUUUCAGACAUCACGAACUUCGUCCUGUGGUUAUUACACGUGUACCUGCCGAAUUUCAUCAAAUUUUGUUCAGCAGAUUGACGAUGAAAAGGAAACAAACUGACAAAUUUUGCCGUGUAUCUACGAUUGAUGUGAUUAAACUACAAUAAUAUUUAUUUUCUCUUCAAAAACAUGCUGGUAUAUGCUAACUUCAUUAAGGUCCGUCGUACACGAGGCAACACAAGUCUUACUAUAACUGGGAGUGUCAGAGGCUUAUGAUAUAAGAUUACUUAUUGAUUUAAGCCCAAGAUCAAUAAAGUAACUUUUGAUGUCUUUGAUAAGUGCUAUUUCAUGUAGGUUUCAAUGGGUAAACAGUCUGGGACCGAGUAAUGUGUUGCUAUAGUAACCAAUGUGUGUAAACGAAUUAGUCAAAGUCAUCGUGACAACGUCCUAGGUUUUGAAUGCCAAUAUUAUACCUUAUAAUUUAAUAGUGACUUCUUAAACUGCAUUGAAGAUAUUUUCAUGCAAAGUAUGAGCCAUGGAAAAAGAUAUAGAUCCAGAUGUUAUAAAAUCAACGCAAAUAUCCUUAAGCAAAUACGUGAAACGACCACCAUUAACUGAGAAACUGUUAAAGAAGCCACCUUUUAGAUUCUUGCACGAUAUUGUCACUACUGUUUUGAAAACAACUGGAUUCUUUAGAAAUUUAUUCGACGAAGAGGAACUGGUAUCAGAUAAUGUGAAAGACCGGGACAGUAAAAUAUCAUUCCUCAAUAAAGUGAUAUUUGUUUUGAGCACAACAACGGGAAAACCACUGGGAGCAAAACCAUCAAAAAUUGUUGCAGGACAAGAGCCAGAGAAAACAAACGAAUUACUACAAUGUUUAGCGCAGGCAUUGGAUAACAAAUUAUCGUCAGACGAAGCUGUGAUGAAAUAUAAAGAUAGUUCAAAGUCAUCACAAGUGUCUGAAAAUAAAAGUAAAGAACCGUCAAAGGCCUCGAAAAAACCCAGUGACACAAAAAAACUAACGUCAAGAAGCAGUGAAAAGCUAACGACUCAAAAAAGUGAUGCUGGCCGAACAAUAACAAAACAAGAUAAAGAAAAAAAUAAUGAAGUCAAAACAAAAAGAAAAGAUAAUGGCCCGCCUAAACCUGAACCUCCAAAUUCUAAGAAAACACAAUCGAAAACAGUAAUUAAGAAGAACGCUAGAGAGCAUAAAGAUCCAACCAAAGAGGAAAACCAUCAAAGACGCAUUAAAAGUAUAACAACGAAUAAUAUAGAAAAUGUACACGGCACCUUGAAGCACGGACAAAGUCAAGAGUUUGACAUGCCUGUACAAAAAGAAGAACAAAUAGAGCCACAGCUAAUCGUUAAUCCGAUGGACUCCCCCAGACUCGAGCAGGAUGAUGACGGGAAACUCAACAGCUCUUAUACGAUAGCUGAGAAUGAUUUGAAUUCCUCAUCAUCUUCAAAUGAUCUACUAGAUAACACAAAUACAGAUGCCAUUAAAUCCCAAGAAAUAAAUAUUAGUGAACAGACAUUUUUUGAUGUCGACUCUCAAAAUCAGAAGAAUGAACGUAAUUUGGUAGGAUCGAGUCGCAGUUUCGAUGCAGAUGUAAAUAUAAAAAAAGACCUCGAAAAUGACUCCGAAACUAAAAAUGUGGAGGCAGUUACAAAUUACGUAACAACAGAGGUCAAAACCCAACCAAGCACCGUCAACGAUACGAAAAUUUCUAGACCAGCAAGUGUUAGGCCCUCAUCGUCUAGACCGGGAGCUCCAAGAAUGCGGGAAAAGGUUGAUAACGUUGUCAAAGAUCACGGUGCGGAUAAUUUACUAUUAGGCAAAGUUAACAUCAUUAUUGAAAACACGCAGAAUGAGGAGGAAGAAGAAACAAGUCUCCUAUUAAUUGAUCAACAAGAAGGCGCAGCAUCGUCGGCCCCGGAUCAACAAGAAGUGCAACUAUCAUCUAUAGAACAUGGUCACCUCGUGCAACAGAUCUUAGAUUCCCAGAAAGAACUUUCACACAUAACUGGAAAAACUGAGAUCGAAUGGCAAUUCGGGGCACAGAAAGCUAGAGAAGCAAUGAACCAAGAAAUCGAGCAGCUUAGGUUUAAUAUCCAGGCUCUGUCUCGAGUGGCGAACCCUUUAGGCAAAUUAUUAGAUCAUAUUCAGGAGGAUGUGGAAGUUAUGCGUCAAGAACUUCAGCAAUGGUCCAAAAUUUAUGAAGAUGUUUCCAAAGAGAUGUUGCAACAAAAGACGCUUAACGAAGAUGCUAUGACGCCCUUUUACACAAAAUUAAAACAAUUGGACCGAGAUAUAGAAGAGAAGCAUGAUAAAAUAAAUGAUCUCAAGAUUUUGAUACACAAAAAUGCUUUUAGAAUUGAGAAGUUAUUAGCGAGUGGGAAUGUGCAAUAAUAUUAUGUAAUUUCAUUUACAAUAAAGUAAAUCUAAAUAAUAUGUUUUGACCCUUUUUUCGGAAGAAUAAAAAUGGAGUAGGUAGUCACAAACAUAAAUUUAGGGUCUGUUGCAAGCAUUUACAUUCAUUCAUAGAUUGGCCAGUUGAACUGUUAUUGCUACUUAUGUUUGACCGUAGCCUUUUAAAGGUUUCGUACCCAAAGGGUUUUAACGGUAGGUACCAUAUUACUGAGACUCGGUUAAAUAACAAAAAUAUUUCAAACAUAGAUCUUAUUGGCAAAUAAAUUGGGGAUAGUAUGGGUACCCGUAAAUGUAUGUAUAUAGACACCAAAACUAUUUUUUUUAUCUUUAGCCUAUUUGUACGGAAACCGCUAUGUCGCAAAUCCGACCACACAUGGACGGUUUCAUUUCCAUUUAUUCAAAGAACUUGUCUCUAGGUGGAAAUAAUAUAAGCAUUCUAGUCCUCUCUCAGACUCCCAGUCAUUUCAUAUUUUACUGACCAAUCUUUGUUUUAUACUUGAUUACUAAAAUAAUAUUAAUUAUUGACAAAGCAUUUCUUGACUUAUGAUCUUAUUUAUUUUAUCACAAUUAAUGACAAUAUGGAUAACCAUAGUAACACAGAAGACAUCAUACAGGAUACAAUUUUGGAGCCUCAUCAUCUCUUGUCUCUGAGAAUUGUCUACAUAGAAAUUAAACUAGGUACUUAAAAUAUAUGAUUAAAUAAAAAUUAAUCUGGUAAACAAUACUUCCAUAUUUCUAUUAAUAAUUGAGACCAAUACUGCAAAUGUUAUAAGUAAAUAAGUCUACUUGAAAAAACAUAUAUUUUUUUCUAUUUGUUAGGGCACAAGAAUUCAAAUUCUUUCCUCCCUCAAAUA